AUGACGCCAGACUUUUUUUCUUAUAAAUAAUCAGAAAUUACAAAUAAUAAUUGGUUCUAUAAAAAUAAAUACAUCAGUAGCUUCUAUUUAGGGAUAGCUUCAAUUUUAUCAAAACUCAGAGGUAAAGUUUCGACGUUACCAUGAUAAAUCACCAUUAAUUGGCAAUCUUCGACUAAUUGUAAGAUAUCUUCAAUCCGAAUCAUUUUUUCAGUGACCUUUAAAAACGGCAGGGGUGGAAGGAUUAACAGGUUAAUAUUCCACAGGUACUUACAAAUUUAACGUCAAAAAAAUCACCCAACAAAAGCAUAAGCCGUUCAUAAACUCGUGAUAACCAUUCACGCAUAACAAUCAUAAAAGUGCCAAGUUGAUCCAUCUGUAAAUAAAUACAUACAUACGUCAUGCACACAUAUACAGAGUGAUAUACUCGGAAUCUGUUUAUGGUGAUGAUUUAGAUGUUAUCUAAUCUUGUAAUUUCUGGUCACCUAUACGACUCAUCAUUGUCAACGGCCAUUUUGCUAAUUUCUCUUACCGUUCGUGUCAGCUAUAUUGCAUUUCUCGCUAAAUAAAGUGAACCCGAGUGAUACAUAACAAGCUAUUUUUUCGACAUUGGAUUAUAAACAAAAUGCCUGUCGUAAGACUGAGAGAACUUCAGCAAAUCUCAAUUUUUGAGUUGGUUCGGUUAACUUACAAAUUUAUUCGCUUCGAACUGGUACAUGCUGGAGUUGCAGUGGCAGUGUUUGGUGCAAUAUUUUUGAUACUAAGACCUUGGAGUGACAACUAUUAUGCCGUCGAUGCACAUCCAUUCUGGUUUGUUGGGCCUCCACUCAUCUAUUUUUCACUGGAUUUAUGCUUAGCAAUGUUUUUACACUUUGCUCUAAGAAAUGAGCUGAAGCCAAAAUCCUGUCUCAUCUGGGUGUUUCUGCAAGUGGCCAACCUGAUUUUGUUGACAGUACUUGGAUUUUACAUGGUGUGGACGUAUUACUAUCAUGGGAACACUUAUCUACGACUAAUUUUGGCGCUAAUUGUGCUUUACUGUUACAAAGCAUAUCGGAUUUCGCAAAUGCACAAACUUAUAAUUUUGAUUAGAAAUCGUUGUAUUCUUACUUCUGCCUUUGGGAACAGUAUUCCUAUUCAAAACACUCCUGUUGCUAAUGAAAAGCAACCGUACAUCAUUUCUAACCAACCGCAACAACCAUUUCCUGCGACCUUUACCAUGAAGGUUUAACACUAAAUAAAUUCAAAAGUAUUCACCAGAAAUAAAAAAACGUGUCACGUUCUUAAAUCGCAAA